UAGUUCUCACCAUAAAGUGGACAGAACAUUAAACAAAAAAGGUCAAUCAAAGAAUACUGAUUGUAAAGCAUCUAUUAAAAUUGUUGUGAAAGUAGACACUGUAUCUACUAGAAAAAGUGAUCCAUUUGUAAAGAAUAACUACUUAGGUAUGAUUACUAUCUCAAAUACUCAUAAUCAUAAUAUUAAUACUGCUGAAGCGCUACGUUAUUUGAAUCCAGAUAUACAUUUAAGAAAAACUUUUGAAGAGUAUUUUUAUGAUGGGAUGACAAUAUCAGAUGCAUUACGAUAUCAUGAGAGUAUUUUAACAAUGUCAAAUACACCUAUUGAAGAUUUUGCGAAUGGUAGAAUCAAUCCAACAUAUCGAUGCGUACAAAAUUGGCAUGAUCAGUGGAGAGUACUUAACCUAGGACCCCGUACUGGUCAAGGAGUAAUUAUGGUAAUAAAAUAUUUAUGUUUAAUUAUUUACAUUAAGAAUUUAUUCUAUAUAUAUAUUAUUAUCAUUGAUGUGUUUUAAUAU